CCACUUAACUGCUUAUCCUUCAGAGAUAACUCUUUUCUUCCUUUUUGUCCAACAAGAUUUCCCAUCGCCAUGUCUACUCUUCAUCGCCACCCUCUGAAAUCCCAACCCAUCAGGAGAAAUCGAGGGAAAUCUGGGCUACGAAAACGUUGUUUGCUAAUGGCGAAGCAGCAGAAGACACGCUUCUACAUCCUCCGACGUUGCGUCUCUAUGCUCUUGUGCUGGCACGACCAUGCCAUCACAGAUUAAUGGGCUCAAAGUAAUUAUUGCUGUUUCAUGCUGUCGCGCUAUCACGCGCAGCAAUCUAAUUGACUUGUCCAAGCGGCCGGCAGAAAUAAAAUCAAUCCCGACAUGUUUCUGCUAUUUUCGAGCCUCGGCCUCAAGAAGAAGAAGAAGAAGAGCUAGCGCUGGUCAAUCUGACCAACCACUGCAAGGCACGUCAGGGAGCAGAGGGACUGCUUUUCCUAGAAAGGAAACGAUAUACCUGGUUUUUGUUAUGUAUUUACAGCAAUUGUUAUUUUCCUCAAAGAGUCAUUUUCUCUUUCAAAGUUUUGGUGCGUUGAUCUUCUAUGUAUGAUAUGAUUAGAGGGGAUGCAAUUAAACACUAAGAAAAAGAACACAAACGAGGUUUUAGUACCCA